GUGCUUUCAUCCGGGUUCUCGGAAUAUUCAAAACAUCAAUCAGGAACGGCAGUGUGAAGUUGUUUUUAUUAAUUUUAACUGGUUAUUUUAAUUUACGGAUUAACAUGUGCUAAAAUUUGGAUAUAUAAUUCAUUUAAGGCCAUUUGAAGGUUUGGUGGUGAAAAGAAAACUGUGUGUGGUUUGUUUUGUUUAAUAUUUUGAAUUGUCACACGAAUUUAGACCAGCAUUGUUACUGGACGCUUGAGAAACGAUGGGCUGCUCGCUUAGUUCCGAUGAUAAGUUGGCACAAGAAAGAUCGAAACAGAUUGACAAAACGCUCCGCAUCGAUGGCGAAAAAGCAUCAAGAGAAGUGAAAUUACUUCUUUUAGGGGCUGGUGAAUCAGGCAAGAGUACAAUUGUCAAGCAGAUGAAGAUUAUUCAUGAGAAGGGAUACACACAAGAAGAAUGCUUGCAGUACAGACCGGUCGUCUACAGCAACACGAUACAGUCCAUGAUAGCCAUCAUACGGGCCAUGGGGCAGCUGAAAAUAGACUUCGGUCAUCCAGAUCGGGCGGAUGAUGCUCGUCAGUUCUUCGCGCUGGCGGGUAACGCAGACGAAGGCGACCUAUCUGGGGAGUUGGCGGCCUUCAUGAAGCGUCUGUGGAAGGACUCCGGGGUGGCCCACUGCGUCGGCAGAUCACGAGAAUACCAGCUGAAUGACUCAGCCGAAUACUACCUGAAUGCGCUGGACCGUAUCUCAGUGCCGAACUACAUCCCGACAGAGCAGGACGUGUUGAGGACGAGAGUGAAGACCACUGGCAUUGUGGAGACACAUUUCACAUUCAAAGACCUCCACUUCAAGAUGUUUGAUGUGGGAGGUCAGAGGUCUGAGCGUAAGAAGUGGAUCCACUGUUUUGAGGGUGUGACUGCCAUCAUCUUUAUUGUGGCCAUGAGCGAGUACGACCUCACACUGGCUGAGGACCAGGAGAUGAACCGCAUGAUGGAGAGCAUGAAGCUGUUUGACUCGAUAUGCAACAACAAGUGGUUCACCGAGACCUCCAUCAUUCUGUUCCUCAACAAGAAGGACCUCUUUGAGGAGAAGAUUCGCAAGUCCUCACUUAGUGUCUGCUUCCCUGAAUACACAGGGGCUGAUACAUAUGACGAGGCGGCUGCCUACAUUCAAGUUCAGUUUGAAAAUCUGAACAAGAAGAAGGACACAAAGGAGAUCUACACACAUUUCACCUGUGCCACGGACACCAACAAUGUGCAGUUCGUGUUUGAUGCCGUCACCGAUGUCAUCAUCAAGAAUAACUUGAAAGAUUGUGGCCUAUUUUAAUAUUGAGGAUUGGAUCUACCAGUUGGGACUGUGCAUUACGUGUAUAUAUAGCUCUAUACCAUGUCUUCAGCCAUCGUUUUGUGCCCAGUCAUGUGACCUUGGCUUUGAUCACGUGGAUUGGACCACACCAUCAACAUGUGACCAACUUCAUAUGGCGACCUUGACCCCUCAGAUCAUCUGACCUCUGCAGACGGGUCAGCCAAAAUGGCAUGAGUCAUUUGAUGCUUUCAUUUGUGAACAUUGGAUGUUUGAGUUUGUCAUGUGACGUUUAGCAUGGGGACCAGCUAGUUUUAUAUUAUUUUUUUUCUCUCUUUUUUUGGCCUUAUAGUUUUUUGUUACAAUGAUGUAAAAACAAACAACAAACAUAAAUUGUGUAGAUUACACUUAUUUGCCUGCCUUUUCACUCAAGUGUAUUGAACAGUUUUUUUAUUCAACUGUUUCAGAUAUUCUAGUGUACAUUUAGCUCUGAACAGAACUUUGGUCAACCUUGUUUGAUUACAGUAGUUGCUGUUGGGGAGUACAAGGCAACAGUUGUUUGGUUGAAUGUGAAUUGUCUUCUUUUUUUUAACAACACAUAUAGGUACAGCCUAAAAAAUAAAAGGUUUUCAACACUGUCUUUAGUAGGUUUUGUAAAAGGAACAUUAACCCUUACAAUGCGGGAACCGAAUUUUUAAGGCCUUUGCAAACAGUUUGGAUCCAGAUGAGACGCCACAGAACGUGGCGUCUCAUCAGGAUCCAAACUGUUUGCUAUUCUGAUAGUAUUCUUUGAAAAAAAAAUAGAAGAAAAUGCUAAUUUUAGAAAUUCAGCAGACGACAUUUUAGCAGACGACAAAUUUCCCAGCAUGCAAAGGGUUAAUUCAUAAGGAAAUCAUAACACAUUCAUUAAGUUGUAAAUAACUAGGUAUAUUGAACAGAAAUCUAUUUAUCCAACAUUUUGUUGUUGUAAAUCAGCAAAUGAAAAACAAACAAACCGAUAGUGGCUUUGUAAUAUGUUGAAAAAAUUCAAUUUCUAAUGUAGGUAGAUAAAUAAAGUUGUUGUUAAAAAAUAACUGAUUUGAUGUAAAAUCUGUGUUGAUCAUCUUCAAUGAAAUUAAAAAUUGUAUUUGUUUUGUUUUCAAUGAUAUAGUGUAAAUUCUUUUUACUGAAACUUUUUUUAUUUAUGUAUUGAAUUGUGUUAUAUAUGUGGAAUAUAUAACAUUUUUAAUUAUGUGUUUGUACAAUUAUUUUUUUUCAGGAUAAUAGUGAAUAAGUGGGAUUAUUGGUAAUCAAAUAUUGAAUGUCAGUUGUAAAAAGAGCUCAUUUGUUAUGUUCCUUGAACAUUACAAAUUCCAUGUCCUCAUCAAUCAUUUUUAAAUGAAUGUUGUUGCUUGAAAAUAUGAAAUCGUGCUCAGAACUCUGUUAAACUUCUAAAAGUGAUCGGUAUUCCUUAGUUUUAUUUGUGUCUUAGACCUUGGUAUCUUUCCUAUAAUGUGUGAUUUGAGAGUCAGUAGGUAUUGUUCAAAUUAUUUAUAUUCUGAGCUAAUGUUAUUCUGUAAAUUUCUCUUUUAAAUGUAUUUUACUAUCUUAUAUAUACAUGUACUUGUAUUUUACAAGGUUUCCUAUAGGACCAUAAAUGUAAGAAAAGUUUCUGUGUAUUUGUUUGAUUGGCGUAUGUUUACAAAUAACUUUCAAUGUGCAGUACUUGAGUCAAUAUACCUUGCAGAAAUCCGAUAUGUACCACAUGUUUUGUGUCAUUCUUUAUUGUGUUAUAAUAAACGCUCAUCAUUUUUAAGCUCUUGAAUAUAAAAAUGGUCCUGCAAAUGAUUAUAUUUAUAAUAUUGUCAGUUACACUGGAUAAUGUUGGAAAUAUUCUGUCUAAUUAGGUAUUUAACAGUGUCACAUUAUGUGACAAAAUAUAACUUUGUAUGCCCCAGAUAGGGUGGCAUGUAUCAGUUGAACUGUCCGUCAGUCUGUCUGUCAGUCAAUCUGUCCAUCCUUCCAAAAACUUUAACAUUGCCCAUAACUUUUGCAAUAUUGAAGAUAGCAACUUAAUAUUUGGCAUUCAUGUGUAUCUUAUGGAGCUGCACAUUUUGAGUGGUGAAAGGUCAAGGUCAUUCAUCAAGGUCAAAGGUCAAAUAUAUGGCUUCAAAGCGGCACUGUAGGGGGCAUUGUGUUUCUGACAAACACAUCUCUUGUUUGGAGUUAAACUGUUUUACAACUGAUCAUGAAACCCAUAUUUUGUUAUGUUUAUGAUUAAGAUAAAUUUAUAUGAAAUUUUAAACUACAAUUAUCUGUUUGCACGUCAACUCACAUGUGAUCAGUAUAAGAAGUGGAAGUGCUGCACUUACGGGGAACAAUUAUGGCUAGUACGUGUUCCAGAAUUAGUCAAUUGUGUGAUGUCAACUCGCAUGUGAUCAGUAUAAGAAGUGGAAGUGCUGCACUUACGGGGAACAAUUAUGGCUAGUACGUGUUCCAGAAUUAGUGUGUAUAUAUUAUAGUGACAAAGAAAUUCCACACACAAAAAUGUGUGCUAUGAUUGCAAUUAGACAAUUUGAGUUUUCGGUCAACUUUCAUGGCUUAAUGAAUGAAAUUUACACUUUAUGAUUUAUAAUUUUGAAUAGUAUAUAUAUGUCUGGGAGUAUAUAUUUAAACUGACUUCAAUUUUGUAUUUUAAAGUCUAUCAUACUUUUGGAUUAAUAUUUAUAUUAGUUUCUCUUUUCGACAGUGAUUGGCCAGUUUUGCUUAAAUUUACUGUCAUUAUUUGGUUUUCUAUGCCUGGUUUUAAUUCCAUUGCAGACAUUCCUCUAUUUCAUUUCGGGCUUAAUUCUUGCAUGUCAUAUUUUUGGUGGAUAAUGUUUAGAAUAAAAAAGUUAGAAAAUAUUAAGAAAAAAAAAGUUAGAACAAAUCCUCUAUGUAAAAAUGUAUAAAUAUAUAUUUCCCAGUAUUUAAUGAUGUCAUAAACAUGUAUUGUUUAUAUAUUUGAACAAAUUCUAUGUUCAUUGGCCAAGUAUAGUUUAUGCCAAAAUAAUUAUGUGUGUAUUGUUCAGGCAUGUGACAUAUUUCAUUUGUAUGAAAUUAAAUAAUGUUUUGUGUCUGUUUCAUGGCUUUAAUUGAUGUUUUGUCGUUCAUUUUCCUUUUGUAUCUUUUUAUUCCACCUUUUUACUGAGUAUAUUAUGAUAAAAAUGAUGAAGUAAUUCGAAAAUCAUGAUAUAAGACAAUUUGAAAUGUUCAGGAUUACUCAACUAAUAUAAGAUCAAGUUCAUUUUAAUAACACUUCAAACUUGUUAUGCUCCCCCAAAAUUUAUUUUGGGGGGAGCAUAUAGUCGCCGCUUCGUCCGUGUGUCCGUCGUGCACAAUUUUUGUCCGGGCUAUUUCUCAGCAACUAACGACCGGAUUCAAUGAAACUUUAUGGGAAGCUUCACUACCAAGAGGAGAUGUGCAUAUUAUCAGCGGGUUCUGGUCUGAUGAUUUUUCACAGAGAUAUGGCCCUUUGAAAUUUUCUAUAAAAAAAAUUCUUGUCCCCCCAACUACUGUGCCCUCAAGACGUUUCCUUUUAUCUGAAUAUACAGUGCAAUAUUGGGACCAAAAAAAACAUUGGGGAGCAUCACCCGUCUCCGACGAUUUCUUGUUGUUAUAAUUUGUAAAUGUUUUGUAAUUUUGUUUUAAAAUGACAACAUACUACAUUCUUGUAAAAAAAACAACAUGCUUUUCAAAAAUAAAAAUCUACAAAGUAA